AGUUGUCUUUUGGCCGUGGUGGACGUGUUUUCGCGGUCCCUCCUCAGUGGGCCUCUUUUGUGGUGUGUUUUUAUAUACCAACCUGCCUGCUCCCUUUGUGGGUAAAUAAAUAACCGACCGCGACCAACCAACGGCGACCGGAGUGGAAGCAGCAGUGAAAAGUGCCAAUCUGAUCCGCCGCCGGUGGAGCUGCAGCAGGUGUGAUAAGAAAUUCGUCGUCGUCCUCCGUGGUGGCGAAAAAAAGGGGAAAAGGAUAGUGUGUUGGAUGGUCGGUUGGCGUUGGGUCGUAAAAAUCACUCAAUCAAAUCGAGGUGAAAUAAAUAGUUUGCUGCUGGUGGGAAGGAGGCACUGCCGGAGGAUUAAAGUUGUUGUCGGCAGUGGGUCUGCCGAAUGUGGAAGAAUCUGUGUCACCGGGUUGGAUGACGGAGGAAGAGUUUUGAUUUAGAAUUAUUUAGUGUUUGAGAAUAUUGUAAGCUGAUAACGUUCGUUAUCAGCAAGUUCUUUGUCGCUAGAUUGCUUUGAUUGACCGGGGUAAAAAGAAACGGUCUGGGGUUGGGUUGGAAUUCGACCCGCAGCACCAGUAGAACCAGCACAGAUGAUUUAUGUUCCGGCUCGUGUCACGGGUCACCGACAGCUGAGAUCGUUUGAGAAUCUUUUUAUUUUUGGCUCAGCACAGAACGACAAACAAUCUCUUGUCCAAUGACCAUCUGUGUAGUUUGCCUUCGGAAAAGUGUGUGUGUUCUCAAAGAAGAAAAAAUCUUAUCCAAUUUUUCAGCAUUCAUCGUGCCGCAUAAAUAAUAAUUUUGGAAGUGUUUGCCGGUCAAAUUAAUCGUGUUUAGAGUGUAGAAAAUUGUGGCGAAGAAGGAAAAAAUAUCGAGUAAUUGUGAUCGAUCGCCAAACAGAAAGUGUCCUUUAGCAUAAAUCAGCUUUAGAUUAAAAGUGCCCUUUAGCAAAUCACACGCAUCACCUUUAGCUCGUAGAAGACGAAAACCUCCUUCGGGGAAAUGCUCGAAGCUGCAGCCAAAGUAAACAACGAACGCCAAAUGGAUUAACCCAGCAACGAAGAAGCCAAACGCGAUUUCAACGUGCCGUUGUUGUUGUUGUUUUUCGCAUCACGCACACGGCACUGGAACGAUGGCCAACUACUUUAUCUGUUUGGUGGUUCAGCGAUUGAUACUACCGCUCAUCCUGGCAAUAUGUUGCCUGUUGAGACCGGUAGGACUAUCACUUCCAUAUCUGAUCUUCCUACUCGCUCUACCGUUCGUGCCAGUGGCCACGCCGCGGAGUAUCAAAGGUUCCACGGGGAUCUACUUCAAGAUUUACAUCGCCGUGAGCAUUCUGCUGCUCCUGGGUCAAAUCGCCUUCCAGAUAGUAUUCGUAGUGCUCGGUUACGAGCUGAUCGAGCAAUGCCAGUUCACGGAGAUCUUGCUGCGGCACGUCGGACUCGUCAAAUUCGAAGAUCUGAACGCGUCCAUGGUGGUGUACUGGAUCGCGCCGGAGAUCAUCAUGACGCUGACUUCCGGCAUCGUGUACGGCGUCCUGAAGAAGCUCGCCAACGGGGCCAUCGGUGACGAAGUCGGGCCGGGAACGGCCACCAGCCCAACCUCGCUGGAGGCGCCUGAAGUGCUCUCGCUGGGGUGUGGCGUCGGUGGUCCGAAUCCGGUGAGUCGGGAAAAGCUGGCGUUCCUCACGAAGCUGGGCGUCGUGCUGAGCGUGGCGAUGCUCUGCUUGGCCGCCGUUCUGCAGCCGUCCGUCCCCAGUGGGAUCUAUUUUGUAAUAUUUUUGGGUUCGGCCACCUGGUGGGCGUGCUACAAGGAGUUGGAUAGAGCCUUCGGCGUAGUUUUAAGGAUAACGCUAGUGUUUCUGGUCGUGCACAUCACCGGCUUCCUUGCGUACCAGAACCCAUGGCCGCAGGAGCUACUGCCAGCAAACGGCACGCUGGCGCGGAUAUUCUCCCUCACGCCGAUACUGUCCUCCAGCUGUGACAACCUGACGGACAUCCGGAACGUCAACUUUGAGAGCGAUCUCGGCUCCGAUUACUACCUCAACCCGGUCGUACUGUUGCUGUGUUACUAUUGUAUCUCCAUCACCUCAUCGCUUCUUUUGAGACCAAGAUUGACGGAGAAGGAGCUCAAACGGCAGGAGCUGUUCUACCAGCUCGAAAGUGGCGUCCGCCUCCACCGCCAGAUCUCGUUCCGCAUGAAUAGAAAGAAUAUCUUACGCAAGACGCUGACCAGCGAUCGGUGGCGUGGAGCCGCCCGCAAGGUUAAAAACAGUAAAAACAUCGCGCCAGCAAGAAGCAUGCACCACCACCAACCAGCGACGGCCAAAUCUCGCGUCUUGCCGUCGUCGAGUUCCGCCGGAAGGUCCGACCCGGCGGACGAAAGGACACCUCUGAUGCGCGGCGGAACGCGAAGAGUCCGAGAUGCCUCCUCGUCUGACGCGCAACCCACGAUACAGAACGACACCAUAGCUAUGCACACGAUAGGUCGUAAACCCAUUUCAGAAGAGGACGAUUCGACAAGUUUCUUCGAGCAGAUCAUGCUCGCCACCGGCAACGUGGCCAGCUUUAUCUAUAAGAACAGUUACAUCUUUACCAACGUUAUCAUGAUGACCUGGAGCAUCAUGUACCACAGCUGGCUCACCUUCGUCCUGCUAAUCUGGGCCAACCUAAUCUGGAUCAUGCCCAACCAGCGCAAAAACAUGCUAAACUCUAGCCCGUUCCUGGUGAUCUACGCCGAAUUGCUACUGCUGGCUCAGUACCUGUACGGCAUGAAGCUCACCGACGACGAGCUGCCGUCCACCGUUAACAUUACCGGCAUCAACCUCGCCCAGAUCGGCUUCAUCAAGUACCGCGACUACCCGAGCUCGCCGCUGCUGAUCAAGUCGCUGUUCACCACCAUGUUCUGGAUCUCGCUCCGUCAGAUGAUCCAGGAGAAGCAAAUGGAACGGAGGACGUCCGCGAUCGCGGAUCUGGCGGCGCCGCUGCAGGUUACGGUCGGGGCCGCUACGACGGGGACCGCCGCCGGUCGGCCGCUGGAGAAGAAGUCGUCGGCGUUCAUUACGCGCGCCGGCACGCUCAUCAACUCGUUCCUGAUCAAGUUCUGGAUCUGGGUGGUGGCGAUCACGCUGUUUCUGUCCGGGAUGACGGGCACGCGCAUGACCGGGUUCCGGAUCGUAUACAUGGCGCUGUUUUUGAUAUUUGUACUUACAUUCCAAUUCUCAUUCAAAGUCUGGCGCAAGAUGAUGUACGCAUUUUGGUUGACUGUCAUCGUGUACUCCAUGGCGAUUCUAGUUUUAGUGUACACCUACCAGUUUGACAAGUUUCCACUAUACUGGAAGGAAUAUCUCAAGAUUUCCGAUACGCUACAAAAGGAUAUCGGACUACAAAUCUACGAAACCAAGCAGCUGUUCUUGCAUCUAGUUAAUCCCACGAUGAUCGUAAUCAUAACGGUUAUUCAGCUCCACUAUUGCCAUAAGAAGUUUUUGGAAAUAUCGGAAAUUCCGGUCAUCCAAGACAACGAGAUCCCCGCCAUCUCGGAGACGAGCUCCGCGUACGGCACGUUCUCCAAGCGGAAAAAGAUGAGCAACACGACCGAGGCGCCGCCCAUCGAGAAGGAUCCGGAGUCGGACCACGGUGAUGACGCGACAAAUGGAGCAACGAGCAAAGUCCGGCUUCCGCCAAAAGACGACGACAAAGACGACGAUGAUAACACGUCGGAGAUUCUGGACGACUUGCGCUUCCGGAAGCUUUCCAAGCAGGAAAUCAAAGGAGUGGCGCAGAAGCUGGUCAACAGGGUGAUGCAGCUGACGGAGUUGGUUUGGUUGUUUGCGGAGAUUCAUCUGCUGAAGAUCAUUUUGAUUGUGGCGUUUUCGCUGGGCGUGGAGACGGUUAGCUUUUUGCAUUUGUUGUACGUGUUUAUGACGGUGUUUGCCGUCAAGUCGCACACGAAUUCGCUGGUGUUGAUCACGCGGAUCAUGUCGUUGAUUUCGUCCAUUUUGUUGAUCACGACGAUGAUGUACCAGGUGGAGUACAUUAAGGAGGAGAACUUUGUGAGUGAGUGCCCGAACAUCGCGGCGAACAGCACGGAUAUGGACAUGAACAACGCGAAGUGGUUUGGGUUCCAGAAGACGGACGCGUUGAGUAGCUUGGCGGACUUGUUGAGGCCGUACUUGAUCUACAUUAUUGUGGUGACGAUCCAUGCCGUGGUCGUGCUUCGGCAGACGAUCCGGCGUAUUCGGCUGGGGCAGAGUCCGAGGACGCCGCAUUUGAUGUUCCCGAACGUGACUCGGUCGGACGCCGACAAGGACAUACCUCGGAUGAUCAAGUACCUGUUCAACUAUGGGUUCUACAAAUUUGGAGUGGAAAUCUCGCUGGUUUCGUUGAUUUCGUUGAUCGCGUAUCGGAUGGACGUUUUCUCGUGUCUGUACGCGGUCUGGGUCUGUGUGAUGUUCCACAUGACGCGGGAUAGUUUGAGGAAGAUGUGGCGGUUUCUGACAUGGUUUACGGUCAGUUUGAUCCCGCUGCAGUACGUGAUCUUUAUUGGGUUACCACCGGCGCUGUGCGUGGACUACCCGUGGGACAUUCCAUUCCUGGAUCACUUCCGGAUAUGGGCGAUGCUACCGGAGAAUACGGAGCAGUUCCGAUCGAAGGCCCCGAAAAUGGUUUCGGACUUUCUGCUGCUCAUGUUCCUCUGCCGGCAGACGUUGGUCUUCCGGAUCGAGGCACGGUACAACUCCUGCCCGGAUGACUUUGGCGGCGGGAGUAACAAAUCGGUGUUGGAUGAUAUCGACAAGCUGGGAACGGUUCCGUUCAUCAACCCAACACCGGACUUUAUCGCAAAGGUUCGCAACUGGUUGGAUAUCAGCAAGCGCGGGAUCUUCCUGGUAUUCUUCUGGUGUACGCUGGCCAUCGUGUUCCUGACGGGAUCAAGUCGCGUCACGCUCUUCUCGAUCGGCUACCUCAUCGGUUCGUUCACCUUCCUGUGGCAGGGAACGGACUUUUACCUGCGACCGAUCCGGGCGAUCUUGAAAACGUGGAACAUGUUGAUCGCGUACAACGUGUUUGUCAUUACGACCAAAACACUGCUCCAGAUGAUCGGAUGUCUGUACCUGACCACGUUGACCGAGAAAAACUGCUGGCUGGUUCAGCUGCUGGGAGUUUCGUGUCUUUCGAACCCACCGGUGGAGGAAGCCUCGACCGAUCCGCUGGUGCUCGCUCCCACCUGCAAAGUUCCGUACAGUGACAGCGGCCUCUUUUGGGACGGGUUCUGUUUUGCAUUUCUCCUGGUUCAGCGGCGGAUCUUCUCCAGCCACUACUUCUGCCACAUCAUCAACGAAACGAAGGCCAGCACGAUCCUGGCGUCGAGAGGUGCCGAGUUGAUCGAGGAUCUCCGCAUCAAGGACGUGAAGAAGGAGGCGGAGCGCGAGAGUCAGAUCCUGCAGAAGAUCAAGAUGAAGAUGGACCGCAUCAAGGCGACGCAGCAGAAGAUCCUGGAACCGGUGCACGAUCCGACCACGCACGCGAAAGAACAAGAUCAGGCCAGCCUCCGAACGGCACGCACUCACAGUAUGUCGUCAUAUGCAGGAUAUCACACACCCAUAGAGGACGAGAUCGCCGCCGGUUCGAUGAUAAUCGAGGGUGAAGGCGUGUCGGACAUUCCGUCCGACAACGGAGCGCUGACCGUUGGUAGGGGAUCGUACCAUACGCAGGCACCUUCUCCGAGUUCUGCGCUGAUGACGGUUUCACUGGACGCGUACCUGGACCCGCAGAGGAUGUCGUUUGAAUCUCCAAACGAAAUGCUCGGCAGGGUGUGCAGUCCAGAUGAUACGUUCCCGGUGUUUUCGCCACCACCGUGCGAGAAGGAACAACAACCCGCUCCGACGAUCCAGACACCGCACACGCUGAUGCCUCCUAGCAAAACGGCGAUACAAACUCGUCAGCACCGGCGCCAGUCCAGCUUGAACACCGUGUCCUGGCCCAAUCCCAACGAGUUGACCGUCAGUCCCCGGCAGCGCCGACUGUCGAACAACUUGACCCCGGCGGAAGACACCACCGACCAAGCACCAUCCCCGCGGUCACCCCGAUCGCCGCGAUCGGUCACGCGCCACUCGCACCGCCGCCAGUCCAGCAUGGGCACCUCGGUGUACGCGCCGGACGAGCUGACCGCCGAUCCCAGCCGCCGACGGUCCAGCUUUCUGGUGUCACUGUUCGUGGAUGACGACAUGACCACUCGGUACGAUGACGUCACGACCACGGGCGUGUCCCGGAAGCGGUCCGGCCGGCGACCCGGCUCGUUCUGGGGUCCGGUCGGCGAGUCCGGCCUGCGGGACUCGAUCCGUUCCGCCGUUUCCCGAUCGCCGGUUUCGCAUCACGAAUAUCCCCGUCGAAGACCGAGCCUAUGGCGGCGAAUUUCCGAGAACAGAUCAGCUGCGAUCCGUUCCGGCGAUUACUACAUGUUUGAGGACACCGAGCACGAGUUCGAGCUGGACCUGAUGCAGCCCCGUGACUCGGACGAGGAGUUCGAGAAGAAGGGCUCGGCGGAACGUCGUCUGAGCCGGAGACAUCUCACGCUGGGCAAGUUGUACGCCAAAAUCAAAGAGCACAGCGAGCAGGAGGCCGCCGCCCUGCACCUGGCCGAAGGGGAAAGCUCCCUGACGGCGGCUGCUGACCCGGCCGAAGGUACCUCAGCGGCAGGGCCCGUACGCCACAGCUCGUCGCCGGCACUCGGCCGACGUGACUCGGAACAAACGACCGCCGGACCCCCGGACCACCGGACCGGAACCAUUUCCGAACCAAUUCCACGCCAUACUCAUUUUGACGUGGGAAGUGGCAAACGGAAAAGCGACGACGACGACGAACCGGAUGGCCAGAAGCCGAGUACGAGCAAGGGAACGCCACGGCAUCAGUCCAGUACGGACGAGGAGGCUCGGUUGAUUAGCGACGACGACGAGGAGGGUGAUGAGGAGAUUGACGUUGAGGAAGCUACCAAGGGUAAGGCCGGGAAGAGAUCCAAAUUUUCGUUCAGCGGGUUGACGCUAGUUACGGCGUUCCUGGCGGGCGCGUUGGGUUCGUUGACGUUGAGGUUGCAUCGAGUAUCGCGUAGUUAUCGGUACGUGAUGAAGGUAUUGGCCAAGGAGAAGAAGAUUUUGAAGGAAACUCCCGGAUUCGGAGCGGGUAUGAGAACCGGAACCAGCAUGAUUUGGACACCAAUUCAAGGAUCGCUACGAUCUGGAAGUGCCCAUUCCGGCGCCAGUAGCAGUAGUGUAAAGUCCCGCGCUGGAACUCCCAUUCCCGGUAGAUUAGCCCUGUCCCGUAGUUCCGUACAUAACAGUAGCUCAUCGUUGCCCCGGUUGGCGGCUGCUUCGGACCAAACACAACAACAACAACAGCCAGAACAAUCGCCAAUACAACCACAAGCACCACCAACAACACCCACUCAACAACAACAACAACAAUCUCCACAAGAACAACAGCCAUCAUCAUCCCCAUCACCAAGCUCACCCAAAGUCAGUCAAAGCGACCACGAACAGACCCCGACGUCGGUUGUCGCCCAUCAUCACGGUGGUGAACCGGAGCUUCCGGAUGAAGGUCGGCUCCACCAAGUGAGCGGUCUCGGAGCAGCGCUAGCGAUGAUGGCCCGCAAGGAGCACCAGGGAAAGGAAGAUAGCAGUAGAAGCUUUGUGCCCGAAAUACUUAUUUUGGCUCCCUCGCUCGAGCGAGGCCUGGACGAGGCCGUUCCGUACAAGUUUGUCUCCAGUGAAACGCUGGACAGCAAAUCCACGGAACUGAUAGAAGGCGAUAAAUCUCCGAAGGACGACGUGUCCGAGGAGGACUUUGCCAGUCAGGAGCACUCCGUCAUAGUCGAGUUCCUGCAAGCGGCCUGGUAUGCGAUUCUUUCUCACACGGAUUUCAUCUGCUACUUUCUGGUGUUCCUGAAUCAGGUCAAAUCGGCCAGCUUGCUAUCGCUACCCCUGCCCCUAAUGGUAACCCUGUGGGGCACGCUGACAUUCCCGCGACCAUCGAAGAACUUCUGGGUCACCCUCAUUGCGUACACCCAAACGAUCGUCAUCCUCAAGUGCGUCUGCCAGUUCGACAUGCUGUGGUGGAACCAGCGCGAAAUUGCUCCAAAUCAACCCUUCGCCCCGGCCCGGAUCAUCGGAAUCGAGCAUAAGGAAGGUUACGCCACGUACGAUCUGGCCCUGCUCCUCGUGCUGUUUUGCCAUCGGUUCAUCCUGAAGUCGCUCGGACUGUGGAAGUCGGACUUUGUCGACGAGUCGGAAGUCUCGGAAGGAUUCUACAAGUUGGACACGACGGACGAGAAGACCAAGGCGCUCAUCAAUGCGGCUCAAGAAGUUGAGAAAGACCGCGAAUCCCUCGUGAUCCGCCAGGAGACGACCGAGCUGAGCAUGGUCAAGGUCGAGGAGGGCACCGAGCAGCAGCAGCUCGACCAGCAGGAACCGAACGGCAACGGAGCGGCGGCGCUCGUUUGCGUGACGCACCACGCCGAGGAAGCGGGCGAUUACUUCCCCCAGAUUGUGAAACACUCGUGCAUCAAGUACACCGACUCCGUGAAGGCGUUCUUCAACCAGCUGCUCGACCGGCAGUCGCGCAAAACGGCCGACGUGUACGGGUAUCUGUUUUUGUGCGAUUUCAUCAACUUUUUCGUGAUUCUGUUCGGGUUUUCGGCGUUUGGGACCCAGGAAGGUGACGGCGGAGUCUUGUCCUACUUCGAGGAGAACAAAGUGCCAAUGACGUUCCUGCUGAUGUUGAUUAUCCAGUUCUUCCUGAUCGUGGUUGAUCGAGCGCUCUACCUGCGAAAGUACAUGGUCGGAAAGAUUCUGUUCCAGUUCUUCCUGAUCAUCGGCAUCCACAUCUGGAUGUUCUUCGUGCUGCCAGCGACGACGGAGCGAAGCUUCAACGCGACCAACCCACCGGUUUAUUACUACCUUAUCAAGUGUUUCUACUUACUGUUCUCAGCGUACCAAAUCCGGUGCGGCUACCCAGCCCGAAUAUUAGGAAAUUUCGUUACCAAAGGCUUCACCAUGAUCAACUUUACCGGCUUUAAGCUGUUCAUGACGAUCCCAUUCCUGUUUGAGCUUCGCACCCUGAUGGACUGGAUCUGGACGGACACCUCAAUGACCCUCUUCGAUUGGCUCAAAAUGGAGGACAUCUUCAGCAACGUGUACCAACUGAAGUGUAUGCGACAACUAGAAGAAGACCUGCCCGCACCCCGUGCAAAGAAGGGAUCCCUAGUCAAGUACCUGAUGGGUGGCGGAAUGAUGCUCGGCAUAAUCCUCCUCAUCUGGUUCCCCCUCGCCCUGUUCGCGUUCAGCAACGCCGUCGGCGAACCAAACCUCCCGUACGACGUGUCCGUAACGCUCCGCAUCGGUCCCUACGAACCCGUCUACGUAAUGUCCGCCCAGGAUAGCAACAUCCACGGCCUCAACGAAGACCAGUGGGAGCAACUCCUGAACAACUACUCCAAAAGCAAAACCGCCCUCACAUUCCUUUCAAACUACGAAUCCGUAGACGUGGCCGCCGUCAAGCUGGGUGCCAACUCAACCUCCAUCUGGAACAUCUCACCCCCAGACAAGGAACGCCUCCUAAAUGACCUGAACGGCACCGUGACGCUUACGUGCCGCUUCCGGUACACCAUCAACCGGAAGUCACAUUCCAAAGAGAACCCCGGCACGGUCUCGGAAGAGCAGCCGUACGAGCUGCGGGGAGACGAUCCGGUGCGGCCGGCGCUGGUGCAGAUGCUGGCCACCGAUUCCAACAUAUCGGUCACGUUGCCCUACCUGAUGCCAAAGUUCCUGAAGGUCAAGAACAGCGGGAACGUGAAGCCGAUUCACCAACUGAUGGACAAGGUUGACUCCGACGACAGCUUCCGCAACUAUCGGAACAUCACGCUGCGCCUGUUCCAAACCCACCAAAACAACUCGGUCCCGCUGUUCUGGUGGGAGGUCAAGGAGAACUGCACCGACAACAGCUUCGUCAACAUGCCGUACGCGGACUGUCUGUCCCACCUGGUGAUGUACAUGUUCAACGACAAGAUCUUCCCUAGCACGAUCAGCUCGAUCGCCGCGGGGGGCAUCAUCGGGAUCUACUCCACGUUGAUCCUCGUGUUUUCGCGCAUGCUCCGGACGAGCAUCUUCUCGGGGGCGAGCUCGAAGAUCAUGUUCGAGGAUCUGCCGUACGUGGACCGGGUGCUGCAGCUGUGCUUGGACAUUUAUCUGGUGCGGGAGUCGCUGGAGUUUACGCUCGAGGAGGACCUGUUUGCGAAGUUGAUUUUCCUGUACCGGUCGCCGGAGACGAUGAUCAAGUGGACGCGGCCGAAGAACGAGGACGGCGACGACGAGAGCGACUCGAUGAGUACGAGCUCCAAGUCGCGCAAGAAGAACGAUUAAGGAGCGGGAGGUUUUGUAUAUGUUAUUUACUUGUUUUUCUUUAAUUUUCUUCUUUUUCGCUAAAGGUGAUAUUACUUUGUAAGAGUAAACUAUUUAUUGCAAGCAAGGCACGAAGUUAGGCGUUGCCGAAUUUUCCUUUCGGCACCGAUUUUUGUCUCUUUGGAAUUGUAUGAACUUUAUUAAUUAGAAUGGAAUAUAAUAUAACAAAACAAAAAUCGUUGAAUCGCAUUUGAUUGAGCGCGCGCGCCUUCCAAGUAGUUAACAAAAUUUCGAAGAAAGUAACACACACACACCAAUACAAAUCGUCUCGUUAUUACUCUAGUCGAUACGCGUUAGCCGUUAGGGAGUCAUUGUCGUAAGAAUCGCGAGAAAAACAAAGAAUCAUAUUUAUAUCUCCACUUGAAUCAACUUGAUCUGCAUCACACAACGUCGUUGUUUAGAGUAAAUCGAAUUUUUAACAAGAGUGAUUCUUCAUAUCGAAACAAAUAUUUUGUGGAGAAUUGUGUACAACCGUGUAGACCGUGGUCUAUUUUUUCGAAUGAAAAGCAAUUUGUAUCCAAAA